AUGGAAACCUCAACAUGGACGCUGCCUUCGCUGAUGAGCUUGAUGUCACUGUCGCCUUGUGCAGGUGAUGCUCCUUCCGUUCAUUCCGGUGACAGCACAGCAGAGAUGGUUGUCCGCGCUGCUACAGCCAUGCCGGAAGCUCCCAUGUCGUUGAGCAAGAUUGUGCAGGCAGAAAUUGAGGAUGAAUCGAUCCGCCUGGCUGUCCUCAUGGUGUCAGGUCGGGCCUUGGUUCUGCAGGCCCGGACUUUGCAAACCGUCGCGGAGCUGAAGAGCGACAUUGAGACCAAAGAACGCAUACCAGUCCAGGAGCAGUCGCUGCUCUUUCAAGAUGAGAUUCUCCAGAACUCCCGAAAGCUUCAUGAAUAUGGACUUCGACACGAUUCAUGCAUCAGCUUAGUUCGAGUCCAGCCGAUGGAGCUGAAGAUCAUGACGGCACGAGUGAAGUGGAACAUCCGCGUACAGCCGCAGGACUCCGUGGAAGAACUCAAAGCAUUCGUCAAUGAGAAGAUGUCGAUCCCCUUCGAGCAAAUGCUCUUUGUGUGCAGAGGGAAGCCAUUGGACGAUGGCCGCUCCUUACAAGAAAUGGGCGUCGAGACUGGAGAUCAGGUGGCGAUGAUCUUGCGCCUGAAGGGCUGCGGCCAGUUCAUUGUGGAAACUGAUGGAGGUACGUCUUUUCGUGUCGACGGUGCGUGCGCUGACAAGACGAUAAGUGAAGUGAAGACCGCCAUUCGUGACAGAACAGGUAUGGCUCCAGCUGAGCAGCAACUGACUUUCAGGAAGCAGGUGCUGGAGGAUGCACAGACACUGGAAUACUAUGGCAUCAAGCGCGAGUGCAAGAUCCAGCUGGCUCGUCGGCAACCGCAGGAGACGGCUGUCGAGAACGUUGCUGCUUCUGCUGUUGAAAGAGCUUCCACCUUUGCGAAGAGGGUCUAUGUUCCAAGAACAGAGGACCAAGCUGCUGACAUCGUCUGGAAAGUCACACAUGUUGAGCUCACCGUGAGUCGGAUUGUCAAAGGUCAAGGCGGCGCGGAGAUUGGCGGAGCCCUUCCCCAGACCGACUAUGGCGAUGACCACUACGUAGCUGCCAACAUGAAGAUCGCUUCGCAUCCAGGACACUACAUGAAUCAUGAAGCCAGCCAUCUCAUCAACCCUUUGUCGGUGGAGUACUGGGCUUCCCUACCAGGACAAGUUCGCGACCAGGCCUUCGCCUUCGAAUUUGAGCAGGGCCACGUCCUAGCGGCCGUGGAGUGGAAGGAUAGGGGCGACGGGAUGGGUGUGCAGCGUCUUUCACUGGAAGCAAAGGUUAAUGGAGAAUGGCAGAAGCUUUCCACUUGGGAAGCUGCCAGGAAGCCGGUUUGGCAGGUUCACAAGAUGACAAUGUCCAUGCGAAGCAGCCUCUGGCGGCUCACGUUCCUCCAGAACCACGGAGAUGAGAAUCAUCUUGUCGUUCAAGCCGUCAGGUUUGUCAUCAAGUUGCAGAAGACAGAGCCAGCACACAACGUGGGAUAUCCGCAAAAAAUUACCAGACAGAUCUGGGGCGACCGCAGGUUCACCGACGUGGAGGUCAUUUGCGGUGAGCAGCAUUUCCCAGUUCAUCGUGCGGUGCUUGCAGCGGCUUCCACUGUCUUUGCUGCGAUGCUCGGAGCAGAGAUGAAGGAAAGCCACGUCCUCUGCUCAGAUAUCGUUAAGACCAUUUUCAUCCACUACAGCCCUUGUCUCCUGGCCAACCUCCAAAGACUAUGGUCACGGUUGCCACUUCUUCGCCCGAUGUUCGCCAAUGUCUACGCAAACUGCGCAAAGUUUCGGCGGAAACGGGUCGUGGUUGACUCCGUGAUUUCUGAGGAAGAGGCCCGUGUCUACACUCAUGAUGCCAAAGAUGCUCAUGGCGAUCCGCUCUUCCACAUCGAUGAGACUUUCGGCGUGGAUGCUGAGUGCUCAACGGCCUUCCAGGAUUGGCCGGACAAUCCGCUGAACCAAGAGAUUCCAGACCGCAUACGCUUCUUGAUACGACGGCACUUCAGCGAGAAGCGGCCGCUGUAUCUGGUGGGAGCCAUGCUACGUCGCACACGGCCUGGGGGCGAAUGUGGAUAUGAUCGCGGUCCAACAGUUUGCCAUGUGGACAAGGCAAACAUUAGCUACUACGACUACAGCGCCAUUCUGUACCUCUCAACGAAGGGUACAGACUUCGAAGGAGGACAACUGGCAUUCAACGAUCCUUGUCGGGAUGAGCUGGUGGAGCCCCGUUUGGGACGCUGCGUGAUGUUUGCAUCUGGACCACACCAUUUGCACCAAGCCAAGGCUGUGACGAGUGGAACAAGAAUGAUCAUGGCUAUGUGGUACAGCUUGAACUGUAAGCUUCAUGGGGAACGGGUUCACAUGGUGCGCGAAGUUGUACUCGGCCACAAGUACGAUAUUCCCGGUCUGGUCGAGUAUGCAGCACCUGUCGCUCUUGGAAAUAUUAAUCCGGAGAACUGCGUCAGCCAAGUUCGGAUAUUGCGGGCCUACCACGACGACGAGAGGCUCGGGCCAGUUUUCGAGGCACUGCUGAACAAGAUCCAUGAGAGUCCCCAGAUCUUUAAGUCUGUGUGCGAAACGCAGAAAGCAAGGCUAGAUCUGGCCUGUACAGCAUUACCAGACGGACUUGCCGUCGUCACCACAAAACCACCGAUCACGGCGAUGUCUGAUUCGCUAAUUCGCUGCUUUGCUGCCCCGAGAUGA